AUGAAAAACGCUGGAAAUUCAUGCACCAAACCAAAACGUCGAUCCAAAAAGACCAGCAACGAAACGCUCGGAGCCAACCCCAACCCCACAGAGAAGCUGCCCUGGUCCGAGCUUGCCAAAGCAUCGACGAACGGGUGGAGCCGAACCUACUUUCCUGCCCAGUUUGCCUCCUGUGGGAAGCGCGUCGAGGUCAACUGGAUCGAUUAUGCGAGACGUCCGCUCCUCACCGCACCCCAGGCGCUGGUCUGGGCGUACCGCGCGCUGGCGACCGUCUUCAUUGGUCGGAAGUAUAACGAUAUGAAUAAGGUUACCUGCAGUCGACAUAUGUAUAGUCGGGCAUUGAACUACCUGGCUAGCGUUAUACAGCAUCCGAAAUUUGCCACUACAGAGGAGGCUCUUGCGUCCGGUAUUCUGUUGACUAUGUAUGAGAUGGUGGAUGGCAUUACAGGAGCGUCGUGGCUGACGCAUACGCGGGGACUGGUAACGAUGAUCAAAAUGCGUGGGCAAGAGGUACAUCGAUCUGGGUUUGGAUUGACGUUGUUCAAAUCCUGUCGAGCGUUUCUGGUCGCCGAUGCAAUGAUCCGAGGGGAACACUGCUUCCUCGGCGAGCCAGAGUGGCGGGCGUUUCUGAGCGAGUUAGCCGACAUCGAAAGUGAGGCUGUCAACCGUAGUGAACUUGCACUCAUUGUUGAUCGGGCAUUCAUAGAGGUUGCCUGCUGUCCUGGAUGGAUAGUUGAGACGCAGACAGUGAUCAAAGCUGAUGACCCCGAGGCCAAGGCAAGGUUGGCGUGGGAAAUCGACUGCAGCCGCUACCGACUGGAUGAACUCCAGGCAGAACUGCAACGUGCGCUAGUUCAUCAACGCCAGGCCUCCAUUCUCGCCUGGCAGCAGUUCGUUGGUCCCAUUCCCUGGGACUUUGUCGACCCAUUCGCGCAGUCCUCGCUUUAUGGUAUGCGAUUGGGCAUUUCGCUGUUAACCCAAUUGAUCGUCUUGCUCAGAGCGGAUCUCCGUAGUCGUUACUAUCUUACCGAGCCGUGGGAGGAUGUUGAGAAGUUCGGUCUGCAGUCGCCGAAUCCGUGGAGUGGCUUGGAGGCGGAUGCACCGGAGUGGCAGGUUCGCUUCGAUCCUGACUAUCUCCGGGAUUCCUAUCAGAUUCAUCCCAGUGGGAAUGAGGAUUGGAUGGAUCGCAUUGUGAUGUCGAUGGGGAUGUUGGGGAUUCGGUCGUGA